UUUGGUGGACACCACGUGGGUACGAGUUGAGCCGAGACCCAGCGAAACAGCCAGGGGUAGUCUCAGCUGUAGAGCCAGGGAUAGUCUCAGCUGUAGAGCCAGGGAUAGAGUCUCAGCUGUAGAGCCACGGAUAGAAUCUCAGCUGUAGAGCCAGGGAUAGUCUCAGCUCUAGAGCUAGGGAUAGAGUCUCAGCUGUAGAGCCAGGGAUAGAGUCUCAGCUCUACAGCCAGGGAUAGUCUCGGCUCUAGAGCCAGGGAUAGUCUUCAGCUCUAGAGCCAGGGAUAGAGUCUCAGCUCUAGAGCCAGGGAUAAAGUCUCAGUUCUAGAGCCAGGGAUAGAGUCUCAGCUGUAGAGACAGGGAUAUAGUCUCAGCUCUAGAACCAGGGAUAGUAUUAGCUCUAGAGCCAGGGAUAGAGUCUCAGCUUUAGAGCCAGAGAUAGAGUCUCAGCUGCAGAGCCAGGGAUAGAGUCUCAGCUGUAGAGCCAGGGAUAGAGUCUCAGCUCUAGAGCCAGGAUUAGAGUCUCAGCUGUAGAGCCAGGGAUAGAGUCUCAGCUGCAGAGCCAGGGAUAGAGUCUCAGCUCUAGAGCCAGGGAUAGUCUCAGCUCUAGAGCCAGGGAUAGAGUCUCAGCUGCAGAGCCAGGGAUAGAGUCUCAGCUGUAGAGCCAGGGAUAGAGUCUCAGCUCUAGAGCCAGGGAUAGAGUCUCAGCUCUAGAGCCAGGAUUAGAGUCUCAGCUGUAGAGCCAGGGAUAGUAUCAGCUCUAGAGCCAGGGAUAGAGUCUCAGCUCUAGAGCCAGGGAUAGAGUCUCAGCUGUAGAUCCAGGGAUAGAGUCUCGGCUGUAGAGCCAGGGAUAGAGUCUCAGCUGUAGAGCCAGGGAUAUAGUCUCAGCUCUAGAGCCAGGGAUAGAGUCUCAGCUGUCUCAGCUGUAGAGCCAGGGAUAGAGUCUCAGCUGUAGAGUCAGGGAUAGAGUCUCAGCUCUAGAGCCAGGGAUAGAGUCUCAGCUGUAGAGCCAGGGAUAGAGUAUCAGCUCUAGAGCCAGGGAUAGAGUAUCAGCUCUAGAGCCAGGGAUAGAGUCUCAGCUCUAGAGCCAGGGAUAGAGUCUCAGCUCUAGAGCCAUGGAUAGAGUCUCAGCUCUAGAGCCAGGGAUAGAGUAUCAGCUGUAGAGCCAGGGAUAGAGUCUGAGCUCUAGAGCCAGGGAUAGAGUAUCAGCUAUAGAGCCAGGGAUAGUCUCAGCUCUAGAGCCAGGGAUAGAGUCUCAGCUCUAGAGCCAGGGAUAGAGUCUCAACUCUAGAGCCAGGGAUGGAGUCUCAGCUCUAGAGCCAGGGAUAGAGUCUCAGCUCUAGAGCCAGGGAUAGAGUCUCAGCUCUAGAGCUAGGGAUGGAGUCUCAGCUGUAGAGCCAGGGAUAGAGUCUCAGUUCUAUAGCCAGGGAUAGAGUCUCAGCUCUAGAGCCAGGGAUAGAGUCUCAGCUCUAGAGCCAGGGGAUAGUCUCAGCUCUAGAGCCAGGGAUAGAGUCUCAGCUGUAGAGCCAGGGAGUCUCAGCUCUAGAGCCAGGGAUAGAGUCUCAGCUGUAGAGCCAGGGAGUCUCAGCUGUAGAGCCAGGGAUAGAGUCUCAGCUCUAGAGCCAGGGAUAGAGUCUCAACUCUAGAGCCAGGGAUAGUCUCAGCUGUAGAGCCAGGGAUAGUCUCAGCUGUAGAGCCAGGGAUAGAGUCUCAGCUCUAGAGCCAGGGAUGGAGUCUCAGCUGUAGAGCCAGGGAUAGAGUCUCAGUUCUAGAGCCAGGGAUAGAGUCUCAGCUCUAGAGCCAGGGAUAGAGUCUCAGCUCUAGAGCCAGGGAUAGUCUCAGCUCUAGAGCCAGGGAUAGAGUCUCAGCUGUAGAGCCAGGGAGUCUCAGCUCUAGAGCCAGGAUUAGAGACACGGUUGUAGGGCGACAGGCAGCGCUCGGAUCUGGACUGGCGAGGUGUUGGCCACCCCCCUCUUCGCGUGCCGUGCCGGCCCUCAUAGGUGCUACUCGGUGACAGCACUUGCCCCAACAUUCUGUUCAGGCUAUACGGGGGAUCUUUGGCUUUGUAUAACUUCUAUCGCAACGUACGUAAAACCAACCGUGCUAAUCGGAGUUACAGGGGAAGGAGACCAAAACACAAACAGCGGUUCUAAAUACAUGGGUUUGUCAAUCUAGAUGAUUUAAAAGUGCAUUACUCCCAGCGGCUUGCUAAUAUCGGUAGAGCGUUCCAGACGGCCGCAGAAGCGCAUCCAAAAGUCGCUUUUAGUAUCAGCUCGCCCGUGGGUAACCGAGGCCGCCAAAGUGCCUUGGGGGCUACUCGCGCCAAUGUCUCCUCUCCUCCUCCUCGCCGCCCUCGUCUCCGUCGCCUCGGCGCUCCUCUCGGCUCUCUGGCUCCGACGCCGGGGACCCGCGGCCCCCGGGGGGCCUCUCCCCCCCGGCCCGCGGGCGUGGCCCCUCGUGGGGGCGCUCCCCACGCUGUGGUGGGAGAACCGCAAAGCGGGAGGGCUGCUGCACGUUGCGCUGGAGAAGCUGGCGCGUCGCCAUGGCGACGUGAUGAGCAUCGCCACGGUCGCGGGCCGCCCGCCCGUCGUGGUGUUGAGCGGCGCCACCGCCGUGAGGGAGGCGCUGGGCCACCACCCCGAGGCUCUCGCCGGCCGCCCGGACCUGCCCCUCGUCCGCCUCGUCACCCAGCGCAAGGGCAUCGUGUUCGCUCCCCUGGGGGCCACCUGGCAGCGCCACCGCCGCUUCUCUCACGCGGCGUUGCGCCGAUUCGGGGCUGGACUCGCAACUGCAACCACAACAACCGAAUCCAGAUCCGAAUCUUGCUCCAUCCCCUCCCCCGGGCCCACCUCCCCCUGGCUGCUGGAGGCACGCGUGGAGCGGGAGGUGUCGAGUUUGCUCCGCACGCUUGCGUCGCGUUCGGGGGGGGUGGCCACCCCCUUCUCCCCGGCGCCGCUCACACACGGCGCCGUCGCCAACGUCAUCUGCGGCCUCUGCUUCUCCCACCACUACCACGACGACGACGGCGGCGGCGGCGGCGGCGAGGACGGCGAUGAAGGCUGCGCCGGAUUCCGCCGUGCCCUGCGGUUGAUGGUGCGCGGCAUGGAGCUGGCGUCCAACAGCCCGGCCAUGCUGAUCAACGUCGUGCCGGCGCUCCGCUGUCUGCCGUGCGGUCCGUUCCGGGAGCUCUUCUCCACCGUGGACGAGGUGUCCCGCUUCCUCAAGGGGAUAAUCCGUGAGCACGAGGAGACCCUGGAUCCCGCAAACCCCCGCGACUUCAUCGACGCCUUUCUCGUCGAGUCCCACGGAGGCCACGACGACGAUGAGGAGGGAGGAGGGGAGGCUCCAGGAGGGACCCGGGGAGUGCUGGAUGCCGAUGACCUCUUCUACAUCGUCGCCGACCUCUUCAUUGCCGGGACAGACACGACGGCCAACACUCUGCUGUGGUGCCUCCUCCUCAUGUGCACCUACCCGGCCGUGCAGGCGCGCGUGCAGGCCGAGCUCGACGCGGUGGUCGGCCGUGGGCGCCGCGUGUCUCUGAGCGAUCGCCCGCGCCUCCCGCUCACCGUCGCCACCAUCAUGGAAGUGCAGAGGCUGAGUUCCGUGGUGCCGCUCGCCAUCCCCCACUCGGCCACCCGCUCCGUGCAGCUGCGGGGGUUCACUAUACCCCGAGGCAGCGUGGUGCUGCUGAACCUGUGGGCGUGCCACGUGGACCCCCGCGUCUGGGCCCGGCCACUCCUCUUCGACCCCGAGAGGUUCCUCGACCCCCACGGCCGCCUGCGCAGGAGGGACGCCUUCAUGCCCUUCGGCAUCGGUCGCCGUUCCUGUCUAGGUGAAUCUCUCGCUCGCGUCGAACUCUUCCUCUUUUUCUCCGCACUCAUGCAAGAGUUCACCUUCACCAGCUCCGCCCCCCACAGCCCCGACUCGGCCCCACGAAGCCCUGUCCUCCAGGGCACCUUCGGGUUAACCUACGCCCCUCCACCUUUCACCCUCACCGCCGUUGCCAGGGCGGUUGGGGGAGUGGCCACGUGACCGCGGAGAACUGAUGCUGGACCAUACUUCACGGCUAGCGGUCACCGCUUCCUUCUGCCAGAUUUUUCACAGCCUGCAAGCUCCCACGGUGUCACUUCCUGCCUCUUCCUCUCCUCCCCGUGACGUCAGCUCCCCCACAACACCCUCACCACCUCCUUGUGAUGUCAUUUCCUCCCUCAUCCUCACCUCCUACUUCCGACGACGCGGCACCAUCGCGCUGUGGCGUCAUCGCGUCAAUUUGUAAAUAUCGCCGGAGAAAGUUCUGAGUGUGGUUCGAACCCGGGCCACCUGCACUCAAAGAGCGCGGCCACGAGGAACCCUGUUGCAGAUCUAAGUUGUUCUCUCGCUACCUAGUCGAGUUCUGUCGCAUUGCUGCGUGAAGUUUUCGUUUGGUCUCGGAGAACGAUUGAGGGAUUGAUUCGGAGUGAGUGAUUCAGAGAAAUAUUCAGAGGCCGCACGGUAAACCGCACGCAAGAGGGGACGGCAAAGCCAAAAACCGUCGCUCACAACAAUUGCCCAAGUACUGUGAUCCUAUGUUUGGGAUGUUUAUCAUUCAAUGAGUGUUUUUAACAUGCGGGAGUUAAAAUGGAGCACCCAGAGAAAACCACAAACGUGCGAGAGGGGGGGAUGAAUACCCAAUCCCCCUACAGAUGGAAAUUAAUCCUUCUUGCUGCUCUGCCAUCGUCCCCUGACCCUAAGCCAGGGCACAGCAAUGCUCGGCGAUCACAGGUAGAGGGGGAGUUCCACACGUGCGUACGAUCCACCAACCCUCACUGCCUCCACAGUGCCGAUAACACUCAGCUGAACCCCUCCCCUCACCCCCCCCCCCUCCUGGGGUUUCUCACUUCCCCUCGUAAAGUCUGGACCACGGUGAAUCACCGAAGCAUUCAAAGAUCGUCGCACCGCUCGGCCGGCUGAUGCGCUCAUCUUCGACGCAAGCGGAAGCUCUGCAUGACCAGUGACCCCCGCGACCAUGAGGAUAUUCUUGUUCCCGACCGCCCAUCCCCAACCGCUUCACCCCACUGCCACAGAGGGCUCGCUAAAGCAUUCCCAGGGGGUGACUACAAACAAGGCUCUCACCCUGUGGAAUUCCCUACCUCGUGGGAAAAAGAUGAACUCAACUUAAAAUGCGCCGCCGCUGUCCCACAGCGUUCUCUCCCCGCGCUCGAAAGAGAGAGAGGAUGAUUCAGAGGCGCUGGGAAGAACCACAGCCGAGCGUGGAGGCAGCGGCAGCCACACGGCGGGCUGGUGCUAGCAACAGUUUAAAUCGAUGGUUGGGAGUCACGUGUGUUGGUGGUGGAAGCGGUGGGGUGAAAUGUGGAUGACUACCGCCUUUACCCAAGAUGGUACCGGCCGGCAUGGAAGAACAGACCAAAAACCCUCUACCAUCGUGGAGGAGGCCCCAGCAGUGGCAUGAGCAAGCGAUUGCAGGGCUGCGUCCUGUACAAAGUGGCACUCGUUUUAUUCUCCCUACUGUUGUGAGUCUCGCUCGUGGACGCAGAAGCAACGGAGAGAAACUCGGUGGAGGUUUGGCAAAACGUGCUGCUGCUUCAGCUGCUGCCAUUGCCGCGUAUGCCGAGUCAUGUUACUCGGCGCUUCCCGCUGAGCCGGGAAGGGUGCAGGAGCCAACAGAGUGGAGAAUGGAGGUUGUGGCGGCAGUGCAAACUCCGCCCCACCAGAUGUACCCAGCUGGUAGACUAACACUGUGGUGAACCCAUGGACGCAGCUGCUGGUGCUGCUGGGUGGUGAGAGAUCGGGGGGGGGAGUUGAGAAAAUUGCCCCCCCCCUCCCCCACCAUUGUUUAAACAACUGCCGCACCGGGAGAUUGAAGUUGAACGGUGACUUCUGGGAUCGAAGUUCAGUGGCGUGCUGCUGACCACUACGCUACCACUGUGGCAACUCGCAAGCCAUCCCCCUCAUUUAUAGGUUAAUUAUGGCGGGUUGUUGUUGUUGCUACGGACACUUCCAUACGUGCGCUAAACUCGGUUUUGUUGAGUGUGCUAAACUUCUUUGGCACCGUACGCAGCCAACUGUGCGAAUCGGAAGUGCGGUGAAGGACAAUGCGGCAGCCACAAAAGGCAAAACAUAAAACUGGUUUCAACAAGCACUGCCACCACGUGAUCGGUGGUGGCAGCGGUUUUACAUCCAUAUGGUAACCUAGAGCGAUAUCGAAGACUCGCUGAUUAUAAAUAAUGUCGGUUUACAUCGACCAAACGGCGAGCGUGAACGGAUUUGAAAAUUGGUGGUUAACACAUUGUUGUUCGUUAUUCACGCAUUUAUUUUUCAGAAACGUGUUGGGUCAGGCAAGGGUGGGGGGUGGGGGGGAUACUCGUUUGCGACAAAAUUCAACAAAGCUGGGUACAGUAGCUCACCAAGGGUUGAUAAACCACUGCUCUAGGGCAUGGGUCGGGAACCUUCGGCUCCGGAGCCGCAUGCAUCUGAUUUUAAAUUUAUUACAAAUCAGAGCACCAGUCAUCAAAUAGGCACCUCCGAUCAGCACGGUUGGCUUCGUACGGUGCGAAAAACGUUCAACAUGCAACUUGACAAUUGGUCUGAAGACUACUUGAUACUUGUGACUUUACUGAAAGACUCAAAGAAUACUUGAUACUAUUUAUGCAAAUGAAAACGAAAUCAUGAAUCGAUGGCUGAAUACAGAAUAUAAGUUUGCAAGGCAUGAGCCAGUGCACAAUAUGAACCUCAAGGUGGUACCCCGGCUCUCGCAUAAUGUCUGUGAUGCAUUUAGUCUGUUGAUGGUCAGCGAUGCGGCAAUCGACUCAUCUC